UUUCAGCCAAUCGCAACGCAGUAAGCCAUAACCCGUAUCUUAGCAACGGUACGGCAUUGAUACAAACAACACACACUUAGCUUUAUGCACCUAUAGGAAGAGUGGAUUAGGAAAUACUUUUUCCCGCUGGUUCCUACGUUGUUUAGUUAGUAAUUUAGUAACCUCUUCCGGUCACUAACCUACUAAACACUCCUUACGCUGUUUCUAUCCUGUUAGUUAGUUAGUUAGUUAGUUAGCUAAUUAGCUCUUCCCCUAACUUUAGGAGACAUGGCAGAAGCGGAUGGAGCGGAGAGGGAACCCCUGUGUGAUAAAAAUGUCGGCUCUGUGGAUGAGCAGGAGGAGAAGGAACCUCACAAACCCAGCAGUGAGAGGAAAGAAGGAGAGGAGGAGGGACCUGGACAGUCCAGCCAAGUGUACACAGCCUCCUCACUGUCCCUCAAACCUGAAACAGAGAAGCGCCUAAUAACUCAUCCACUGACGCUCAAUUGGGCCUUCGGGAUCAACAAGUCUCUCCCUGUCUUCAGCCUUUUGGAUCAAGAGAGACUUGCUAUCCUGUAUGCUUGUUCUCAUGUAGCUGUCAUAUACGACCACACGUCUAAAUCACAACAUCUGUUACAAGGUCACUGCAACCCGAUUUCCUGCCUGUGUGUCAGUGAGGACAGACGCUGGAUUGUCACCGCUGACCAGGGCCACGAGAGUCUUGUGAUCGUAUGGGACUCGUACACAGGGAUCCCUGUUCGUACCAUGUUUGAUUGCCACCCUGAGGGCAGUGUUGCCGCUGUGGCGUUGUCCAAGGAUUCGAAAUAUCUGGUGACCGUUGGAGUCGGAACAGUGCAGAGAGUUUGUAUCUGGGAUUGGACUAAUGAGACUGACGGUCCAGAAUGUCAGGUGGACAUUAGCCCAAAGCUUGGUUGCCAGAAACACAUCUUAUUCAAUCCCAAUGACAGCUGUCAGCUACUCAGUAACAGUGCAAGUCAUGUCCUCUUUUACACCCGGGAUAAAGAAACUAUGCGAUACGAAGCCCCUGAAAUCUCCAAGACAUUCAAAACGUCAGUGGGUUGCUUUACUCAGUCGGUCUUUCAUACCGGAGGCAUGCAGGCUUUCUCAUGUACGCUGACAGGGAAUGUGGUGGUGAUGGAUGUGCUGAGGUCAGGCACAGGCCAACUGUGUUCAAUUGAAGCCACCAAAUUAAUUCCGCUGCAGAAGGAUGGAAUUACUGUAAUGACAUGGUGUGACAGCUUUAUUGUGACAGGUGAUGUAAGAGGCCACAUCAAAUUCUAUGAGGAAAACUUCAGGAUCGUUAGCUGCUUAAAUGACAUCAAUUUGGACGCCAUCACGUCCAUUUCCCCGGCGAAGGAAAUUCCUACCUCUAGCAGCGUUGCACAUACAGAAGAUUGCGUCUUGGACACUGCGCCAUUUGUCCAUAGAAAUCUUGUCCUAUCAACUGUGAGCGCAGCUGUGGUGCACGUGAAAGCACAAAGUACAAUGGCUCAGACUUUAAUGAAAGAACAUGCUGAGCCACUGAAUGCAGUAGCCUGUCACCCUAAACAUCCUAUUGUGGCUAUGGGCAGCCAUAGUGGCAUCCUGAAGGUUUGGGACUAUGAGCACAAAGUGACUGUCUGCAGCAAAGCAUUCCAUGCGGAUGAGCGGAUCCACUGCAUCACCUAUGAUCCUCAAGGCUUUUACCUGGCCGUUGGCUUUGUCAGCGGGAUUGUGAAAGUACUGGAUCCAUGCACUUUAGAGGAAGAAGGAGAGGAGAGCUUUAAGUACAGUCAUGACUGCAUUACCCAUCUCGCUUUCUCUCACAACUCCCUCUACCUGGCCGCUGCAGACACUGGGAAAGCUGUGAUGGUGUUUCAGGCAUGUAAGGAAGGCACUCAGUAUGUGUGGCAGUACCUCGCGAAGCAUCGCUCUCACUACGAGCCCAUUCAGGACCUGCUGUUCGGGGUGUACCUGGACAGUACCAAGCCACGUCUGCUCUCCUUGGGCAUGGAUCGCAGACUACUAGGAAAAAAGAAAUCACAAAGUCUUCUGUGGCGGAAAACUGAAGCACUGACACUGGAGACUCCUUCCAUAAAUGUUGAGUACGACCUGCAGAACAGCAGAAAGGAUGAGCUGUUGAUCCUCAGCUCAGAACGCAUUGAACAAAGUGCCAUCCCCACGUGCAUGGCCUGGUAUCCACCUUUAACCACAGAGCACUUCUUACUUCUCGCAUCUGACCAGUACAAACUGAAACUACGCAAUGUCACCACCAAGAUGUGCAGAAAAACAGUCCUUGGGCCCACAUAUGGUUCUCCUGUAACAAAGAUGCUGAUGCUACCACCCUCUAAAGAUGGGAAUCCUAAUUCACAUUACAUGGCUUAUAUAACGCAGGACAAGGUUGGGGUUCAGAUCCUGCCUCUUGACGGGAACCCACACAAGUCCUCAGCACUGAUAUGCCACUCUUCAGGGGUCUCGCACCUGGCUUGCUCUCAUGAUGGCAGAUACAUUUUCACUGCCGGUGGCGGGGACAAGACCGUCUUCUCAUGGGAGAUCUGCCGUCCUGCAUUAGAGGCAGCUGCUGCGUUGGAAGGAAAAGACCUGAUUCCCUUUUACACUCUUUUAGAAGGAGGGAGAGAUGGAGAGCUUUUUAAGGCCAUAAAGGAUUUAUUUUAUUACUGUCAGUUGCGCAGUCAGGGCAUCGACUCGAUGGAAACCAGACAAGUAUCCACCCAUAUCCCUCUUUCUGAAGUUCCCUAUCUCGUCAGAGCGCUUGGCUUCUACCCAACAGAACAAGAGUUGGAAGACAUACAAAAUGAAGUCAAAUUCAGUCGUUAUGCAGAGACAGGAAAGUAUGUAUCUGACAUUGACCUGGAGGAGUUUAUUAAGUUGUACGUUAACCACCGGCCAGCCUUUGGAAUCUCCAAGCAAGACCUCUUCAAAGCUUUCCAGGUGCUGGGCGUGCCAGAUGAAAACGGCAAACCAGUUAUCACCCGAGAAGAGCUCCUAGAGUUACUCCAGGCCAGAGGUGAGCACAUGACUGAGGAGGAGCUGGCAGAAUGCUUCGUGACCUUGUUGGGCCUCAGUGUGGAAGAAGGGCAUUCUGAAACACAGACAUCUGAGUGUAAAGACUCCGAGCAACUGCUGGAAAGCGAGUUACCCCCAAACAUCACCAUGGACACGUUUACCACAGACAUCCUGCGAUUUCCCGGGAGUACGCAAGAGCUCCCUGCAGAACAGCGGCGUUUAUCCUCAAGGGUUUCUGAAGACGCUUUAGAGACUCCCCAUCCAACCUGAUGGAGCUUGAGAGGUCCUGCAAAUAAGAAUGGGGGAAACUGCCCAAAAAUAGGUGUGCCAAGCUUGUAGCAUCAUACUCAAAAAGACUUGAGGCUGUAAUCGGUGCCAAAGGUGCUUCAACAAAGUAUUGAGCAAAGGCUGUGAAUACUUAUGUACAUGUGCUUUUUUUAUUCUUUUUUAUUUUUAAUAAAUUUGCAAAGAUUUCAAACAAA